UCAUUCUUUUUCUUCCCUUUUCCAUCAUCCCAUGAGUGCUUUCUCUAUAAAAAUCUGCAAAAUCACAGCUUUACAAAUCGUCCUUCUACUGCCAAUUUCUCUAUUUCACUUUUGCUGCAAUAUUUGAGUUCAUCAUUAAACUCUUACGCUUCUUUAUUUUAUUCGGAUUUUGCAUCUUAGAUCGAUUUGUCAUAGGGUCCAAUGUCAUUCUUUGUUUGUUUGCAAAGAACCAGAGGGAAUUCUAGCAAAAAUAAGUGAUUUUUGUUCUGGAGGACGAUUUUUUACAGAAUGGCUUCCUCUUCUUCUACAGCCCCUGAAUGGAAACACGAUGUGUUCAUUAGUUUCAGGGGUGGAGAUACGCGUGAUAAUUUUACCCAUUUUCUUUAUAACAAAUUCUAUCAGAAGGGAAUUGAGACUUUCAUUGAUAAUCAGCUGAAUAGAGGAGAGGAGAUCACUCCAGAGCUAUUGAGAGCAAUUGAAGAAUCGAUGGUUGCUGUAAUUGUUUUCUCACCGAACUACGCGGAUUCACCAUGGUGCUUGGAGGAGCUCGUGCAUAUCAUGGAAUGCAAGAAGGCUCAUGGGCAGAAUGUUUUACCGGUGUUCUACCACGUAGAUCCUUCGGAUGUGGUGGACCAAACUGGGGAUUUUGGGAAAGGAUUUGAUAGAGCUAAAAAAGAAGCACAAGCUAGUGCAGAUAUGCGCAUUGUGGAGAAGUGGAUAGCUGCUUUGAAGGACGCAGCCAAUCUAUCAGGAUUUGAUUCAGCUGUUUCCAGACCUGACUCCACCCUUAUCAAUGAUAUUGUAAAUCAUGUAUUGAAGAAGUUGAAUCAUGCACCGUCAAAUCAUCCUGAGAGAGCGAUUGGAAUAGAAUCCUCCGUGGAACAAGUGGAAAAAUUAUUAAAUAUUAAAUAUCCUGAUGUUCGCAUAAUAGGAAUUUGGGGCAUGGGCGGUAUAGGCAAAACGACGAUUGCUGAGGUUAUCUAUGAAAGAAUAUAUGCUCUAUUUGACAGUUGUCACGACCCAACCUAUGGGCCGGACCGGCACUAGGACCUGGGCCAGCUUAAAGCCCCCGAGGCCCGUAGUAAGCCUAACUGUUCAUUAACCCAACUCUAAGGCCCAUUUGGGCCCAAUUUCAAGAAAACAAACGGACAGAGUCCGACCAUAAAAUGGACUUUCCAACGGGGAGUUUUCGACUCACCCGACCUGUAAACACAAUAUAUAGUCAAUUGGGGAGCUCAGCUCACCCUCCACAUACUCAUAGCAGCAUAAAAAUAAAUGGGAGCUCAGCUCCCUCAUCAAAUCCAUCCAACAUGCAUAGAAUAUUAAGUUUACAGGUCCAAAAAUAAUAAUUUAGUUUACAGACCCAAAUCAAAUAAACAUUUCUAACACAUGCGGAAAUUCUAAGA